GUCAAGGAAGUGCCUUUUUAUAACGGAUAAAAUCUGAUUUACGCAUAUACCGGAUAUAAAUCCGAUAUAUGCGUAAAACGGACAUUUUCCGGUAUACGCAUAUAACGGAUUUCGCUUAUAUUGGACAAAACCAGUGGGAACAAUUGAAUCCGAUAUAUCCGAGGUUUACUGUACAAACACACGGGAAACAGAAUAUGUUCAAGAAAUACUUUUUGUGCAAAAUAACAAAUUAACCGGAUUGUGAUUGAACAUAUGCUCUGGUCUGAACUGCAGCAGUUGUACCAUUACACCAUCCAGGACUGAAUUCUGGGAAAUCCUUGCCUGUAUAUGACCCGUGUGUGGGUCAGACUAAGUGGCAACGCGAGGGUCACUGAUGGAUUUGCUAAUCAACAACCUCUAUAUUGGCUCCAGUAUAUGUAGGUCUGGGGUGGCGGGUGAGUGAUAGCAAACAAGGUUGCAGUGUGUUUUUGUUCCACGGUCCAGUGGCGGGGUGAGCCCCUGCUCUAAUCUGGGUUACGGGCUCUAAUCAGCUUAGCCCACUGCUACCACUGCUGGGUGGGCACUUUCUGUAGCUCCAGUCUGGUUUGUUCUCUACUUCUCAAGACACCUUGCAGGGACGCUCGAUUCACGGGAAGAGGAAGACAUCUGGCUGAGAAAUGGACUCCACUGACGUUGCACCUGCCGCCGACACGUACCCCAAGAAAAUACUGGAGUACAUGGAAGGCUUCCUCGUCUCCAAGACGCUGUUCACGGCCUGCGAGCUUGGCGUGUUUGAUGUGUUGUUGGCUGCAGCACGCCCUCUGUCUGCGGAGGAGAUCAGCCAGGCGGUCGGUGCCAGUCUGGACGGCACAGAGAGACUACUAGCGGCCUGCAGUGGCCUUCAGCUGCUGGAGACGCACCAGGAUAAUGGACAAGUGUCUUACAGUAACACAGAGCAGGCCAGCCUCUAUCUGACCCGCUCCGGUUCCGCAACCCUCUACCAUUCCAUCCAGUACAGCUCCAGAACCAUCUACCUCUGCUGGCACUACCUGACUGACGCUGUCAGGGACGGAACAAACCAAUAUGAAAAAGCCUUUGGCGUCACCUCUAAAGACUUGUUUCAGGCUCUCUACAGGUCGGAUGAGGAGAUGGUGAAAUUCAUGCAGCUCAUGAACUCCAUCUGGAACGUUUGCGGCCGAGAUGUGAUCACAGCCUUUGAUCUUUCACCUUUUAAGGUCAUCUGUGACCUUGGGGGCUGCAGCGGGGCAUUAGCCAAGCAGUGCACGUCGGCAUACCCAGAGUGCACGGUGAAGAUCUUUGACCUCCCCAAGGUGGUGCAGACGUCCAGGGAACACUUUGUCAAAGAGGCUGACCACAGGAUAAGCUUCAUUGAAGGCGACUUCUUCAAUGACCCCCUACGUGAGGCGGACCUCUACAUCCUGGCUAGGAUCCUCCAUGACUGGACAGAUGAGCGUUGUGUAGAACUGCUCAGUAGAGUCCACAAAGCAUGCAAACCAGGAGGUGCUGUUUUGCUGGUGGAGGCGUUGCUGUACGAGGACGGCGCCGGCCCGCUAACAGCGCAGCUCUACUCCCUGAACAUGCUGGUACAAACAGAGGGCCGGGAGCGAACCGGGACUCAGUACAGUGCCCUGCUGACCGCCGCCGGCUUCACCAACAUCCAAUACCGACUCACAGGCAAAAUCUAUGAUGCAGUUCUGGGUCUUAAAGAGGCAUGAACUUGAGGAGGAAUUAAAAUGUGGGGUUCACCAGGACUGAAGUUUCACGUAAUCAGUGAAAUCAACACAAUUUCGAAUUCAUAUAUGAUUACUAUAAAAUGAAAAGCAACAAAUUAAUUCAUCCAGAAUUAUAUUUUUAUGAUGUACCCGUGUAUAAAUAAUCACUUUUAAUAGCACAUUUGUGGUCCUUGUAGCUUGUAGUGGGAGUUUUCAGCAAGAUUAUUAAAAAUGCACUCUUAAUACAUGGGUCUACAGUUAAUUUUUAAAAAACAAAAAUAUAUUUUAUUUUCAUGAAAUUACUCACAACCUGAGGUUAGACAGUCAACCACACUUUUUACCGAACCGUGGUCAGACUGUUGUAACACAUGGAUUUCCCAUGGAUCGCCACCACCAGAGAAGUCUUGACACCAUGAUAGAUCCCAAAACUGCACCAUGACUGAAAGGGAUUUCAUGGAUUCCCUGACACGUUUUUGGUCUGAGAAUUUCAGAUGGAUCGCUACCAUCAGUAAAGUCCACGAGAGAUCCCAAAACUGCACGUUGUCGGCAGGAUUCGAACCUGCGCGGGGAAACCCCAAUGGAUUUCAAGUCCAUCGCCUUAACCACUCGGCCACAACAACUUGUAAGAUGCACAGAAUCUCACCAAUUAUGCCGUUGUAUAUCAGUCAGAAAUGCAAGGAAAACUGUUUGUCAAUUCAGUCAGCAACCAUGAAGAUCCAGGCAAUUUCACCUGGAUCUCCAUUGUCACAGACGUCCUUACACCAUGACUGAAAGGGAUUUCAUGGAUU